AUGAAUGCCUUGGAAGAUUUGAGAAAUGAGUCAUACAUAAACUCGUUGAUCUACAAGUACAAGACGAAAAAAUGGCACGAUGCAAGGAUAAAAGGAAACAAGGAGUUUGAAGCGGUUCAAAAAGUCCUCCUUUAUAAUUCAAGGAUGAAACUUUUUCCCGGAAAGUUACGAACACGCUGGUCCAGGCCAUUCAAGAUAAAGCAACUGUAUCCAUAUGGGGAAAUCGAGCUAUUAAACGAAGAUGGGUCAGCCUUUAAGGUAAAUGGGCAUAAAAUCAAACAUUAUGAAGAAGGGAUGACAAGCGAAGAGGGGAUGGGAGAAAGCAUGGACUUGGAGGAGGCUACCACAACGUAG